AUGGUGUCACAGACGCUUAUAGAGACGCCUACUCAUCCGGGCCGGACUGGGCGCGGCUCUGAGAGCGAUAGUUCGCUUGAUGAGAUCGCAGAGACGAAGCAGAAGCUGUUUGUCACUACACUGGGCAAGCAUGGCAAGGAUUCUGACAAUUCAGCCUCUCCGAAACGAUUGAAGAGCUUCUGGACUUCAUUCCGAUACUUGGCCAACCUGACUCCGAAGCAGGUCGAUGAGUUUAUGGCGUCAUACAUCAUUUACAAUCUUGAUUGGUCCGAUGAGAAGCAAAUGAUCGAGGCUCUGGGCCCAAAUUACCAGGAGAAAGUUGGCGAUUGCUUGAAGUCAUACUACGGCGUGCUCAAUCAUCUUUGCGCGCUAGGUGACGUGGAAAAGAUGUAUAUCCCGCCAUGGAUGAGCAAGAAGGCCUCCAUUCUGGAGAAUCAAAUCCUCUACGAACGAUCAAUCGCUCAGAACAUUGGUCUCACUGCAGGAGACAAGGUGCUAGAUCUUGGUUGCGGCCGUGGUCGCGUCGCAGCGCAUAUGGCCCAGCACACCGGCGCACACGUUACCGGCCUCAACAUCGACCCGAACCAAAUCGCGCAAGCGAAAACCUUCAACGAAGCCCGCGGUCUACAGAACAACUUCGUCGUUCAAGAUUUCAACAGCCUCCCUUUGCCCUUCGCGAACGAAAGCUUCGACGCCUUCUACCAGAUCCAAGCGCUAAGUCUAUGCAAGGAUCUACCUGCACUCUUCGCCGAAAUCUUCCGCGUUGUCAAGCCCGGCGCUAAAAUCUCGCUCUUAGACUGGAUCAGUCUUCCUGCCUACGAGCCCACGAACCCCGAACAUGCGGAGCUCAUGCGCCGCGUCAAACCAUUGAUUGGAGCUGUCGGCACCCCCACCAAGGAGAGCUUGGAGGAAGCUCUUACCAAGUCCGGUUUUGAGAUCGUGCUGUCCGAGAACGCUAGUAUCGAUGGCUUGCAGGCUCCGCUCAUUGACAACGCGGACAUUUACUUCCGGACGUUGCGCCAGGUUAUUCUGGGUCUUGUUAAGGUCCGCAUGAUACCGCGUCACUUCAAGACGCUUAUCAACCGCUUGUGUUUGGAUGGACAGGCUUUUGUCAAGAUGGAUAACAUGCGUCUUGCCACGACGAGCUAUAGCAUCAUUGCGCGGAAGCCCAAGGCAUAA